GCUAGCCAGCCAGCCGACGCAGCGCACAGCCUCUGCCAGUCGGUCUAAGACCGCGCCAGCAAACGCACGCACGUACGACCUCCCCGUCGCACCGCCUGCCUCUCGGAGGCGUAACCACCCGCGCCGCGCGCCGGUCACCGAGCAUGACACCCUGGUCGACGACAUGGCCCCCGGCGUCGCAGUGACGGCCGAGCUCACGCGCCCCCCGAACAAGUGAAGCGACCGCCAAGGCCGCCACGGCGGGUCCCUCGCCGAGUCCUCACGAAGUGAUAACGAAGUGAUAACCGGCCGAGUGUGUGUUUUGUGUCAGUGAAGUGAGUGCGCUGGGUGCAUGCGGUGCGCUACGCAGCCUGCGCGUCGUCAAGUGGAUUAAACCGCCGCCAGCGACCAAGAUGGCGCUGCUCGAGGCGCGGCCCUACCGGCCCUUCAAGUCCUCCGAGGAGUACCUGUACGCCAUGAAGGAGGACCUGGCCGAGUGGCUCAACGCGCUGUACCCGGGGCUGGACCUCGGCGUCGACAACUUCCUCGACGGCCUGGAGACCGGCGUGCUGCUGUGCAAGCACGCCAACGCGGUGCGGCAGUCCGCCCUGGACUACGUCUCGCGGCGCCAGGCCCGGGGGCGGCCCCUCACGGCCUCGGCCUCCACGUCGGGCUCGGGGCUCGCCCUGGCCCUGGCGCUCAGCCUGCGCGGCGACGUGCGCUUCCUGGCCGCCGCCAAGCCGGGCACCUUCUUCGCCAGGGACAACGUGAGCAACUUCAUCGCGUGGUGCCGCAAGGACCUGGGCGUGUUCGAGUGCCUGCUCUUCGAGACCGAGGACCUGAUCGCGCGCAAGAACGAGAAGCACGUCAUCCUGUGCCUGCUCGAGGUGGCGCGAAGGGGGGCCAGGAUGGGCAUGCUGGCGCCCAUGCUGGUGCAGCUGGAGCGAGAGAUCGAUCGCGAGAUCGCCCUGGAGGAGCGCGCCCAGCAGCGCACCGACCUGCGCGUCGAGGACAUGGGCGGCCUGGCCGACGAGGAGGACAGCGACGACGACAUGGACACCCGCUUCCUGGGCCCCAUGCCGCAGAUCAUCACCAACGACCUCAAGAGCCUCGACGAGAUGGUGCGAGAGCUGGUGGAGCGGUGCCAGUGCCCGACGCAGUUCCCCAUGAUCAGGGUGUCCGAGGGCAAGUACCGCAUCGGCGACACCAAGGUCCUCAUCUUCGUCAGGGUGCUUCGGAGCCACGUCAUGGUGCGCGUGGGCGGAGGCUGGGACACGCUCUCGCACUACCUGGACAAGCACGACCCCUGCCGCUGCAAAAGCUCCCACCGCGCCCCCGUGUCCGCCAAGCUGGUGCUCAAGAACCAGGGCUCGCUCGAGCUCAACAGCGCCCAGGUGCACUACGACAGGUCGCCGCCGAGGACGCGGCGCUCCUCCGCGUCCAGCGUGUCCUCGGGCGGGCGCCCCGACAUGGGCUGCCUGCCGGUGCCGACGCCGGCCGGCGGGCUGUCGCCGUCAUCGCAGGGCUCCUCGUACCGCUCCCGCAACCGGUCCAGGUCGCCGACGCCGGGCACGCCGGGCUGGCGAGGCCAGUCCGCGGGUAAGCCGUCGGCCACGCUGACGGCCACCACGGCCUCGUCUAGGGCGCGGUCGCGCUCGCCGGCCGACCCCAACCCCAACGUGUACACCCACGUCAACGGGCAGGUGCUGGGCGUGCCGGAGCACGGCCGAAGCCGCAGCCGGUCGCCCACGCCGCGCCGCGCCAGCGCCGUGUCCACCAACGGCGCUGCCAACGGCAACCUGGGCGUCCCGGGCAGGGCCAGGGCGAGGGACCGCAGCGCGUCGCCCAACUCCCUGGCGUCCCCCGUGAUGCCGCGGCGCGCCAGCAGCAGCCUGCACAAGAGCGCCACCACCAGCGCCAUCGUGCAGCCCGCCGACGACACCGACUUCCCCCGCGCGCACCGCCUGGUGCGACCGCGGUCGCCGUCGCCCCGCCACGCCUGGAACGGGCACGCCGAGCACGCCAAGGAGGAGGCGCCGGCGCAGAUCUCGUCGCAGGCCCUGCAGACCGCGGCGGUCUUGACCAACGGCGGCGACUCGGGCUCCGAGGUGGGCUCGGACGAGGGCUACCGGUCGCUGGGCGUCGCCACCACGCCCCCCGCCGGCGAGAAGAGGAGCGUCAUCGCCAGCGUCAGGGACAACGAGGCUAGCGACAUCAACGAGGAGCCCUCGACGCGGGACAGCUCCUGCUCCGACCUUUCGGCGAGCGGCGACCGCGUCGACGUGGCCAACGCCAACGUGCCCGUCAGCCUCGCCGCCCCGGGCACGCCGCGCUCCGCCCGCCGCUCGUUGGCGUUCGGGGAGACGGGCAUCCCCGCGCCGACGUCCAGGCCGACUUCGCGGCCCGGGUCGCGGCCCGGCUCGAGGCCGGCGUCAAGGCCCGCGUCGCGGCCGGGCUCGCGCGCCGCGUCCAGGGAGCGCGGCGACUACGACAUCGAGGACUCGAUCGGCUCGCCCAGGAGGAUGGCGGAGCUGGGUGGAACGUGCGGCUUCUACGCCAAGGCGGCGCCCAGCCCGCGCGGGCUGAGCCACCACCCGGCUGGGCAGCAGCAGGCGCACGCGCAGCGCCGGUCCUCGAGCUCGACGGGCGUGGCCUCGACGGGGUCCUGGGGCGCGGGCCGCAAGCCGCGGGCCUCGCUCACGCCCGACACGUUCACCAGGGGCACGCCGCAGCGGGCCUCGCUGCCGGCGCGGGGCCGCACGUCGCGGCCGCAGAGCAGGCAGAGCAACGGCAACGUGCUGCCGCAGACCAACAACAUCUCCCCCAUCCUGGAGCAGAUCCUCAAGGGCUCCGACCUGCAGGACGACGCCAAGGUCCUGCAGAAGAUGAAGGACAUCAUCCAGCACUACGCGGCCAUCGUGGACGAGAAGCUGGCCCGCGAGGAGGAGGAGGAGCAGCUGGACUUCACGUCGGCGUGGGUGCAGGGGCUGCCGUCGCAGCAGCAGCAGCAGCCCAGGAUCACGCCCAGGAAGGACUCGCACCCGCAGGGCGCCACCUCCAGGAUCCCGGCGCCCGUGUCGGCCGGCAAGCACCGCAUCUAGGAAGCGACGCCGGCGACGCCCUAAACGAGGACGGGCGGGGCCGUGUGGCCGUGCGGCCGUCCCCAUCAACGGACUGCAUCGUUCCUUCUUUCGGAGCGCCACGUUUAUGGCUUCGUCGACGUCCUCCGCGAACGACAAGAGAGUUAGAGGCGGCGCGGCCGUGCCCCGAAACAGCCCGCCAGGCGGCAGGCCCGGCCAGCCCGGCCGGCGAGGAGACGAUCACCUUAUGCAAAUCCGAGCCGAGCCCCGCGCAGCCUGCACAGCCUGCGCAGCGGGCAGCCGCUUGUUUCCGUCCGUGGGCCUGGUGGCCGCGUGGAGUCCACGCCGCGUCCACGCCGCGGACCUUACUGGACGCAGAAUCUAGGGCAGCAGUGUUUGGCCGGGGACUAGACCGGGGACCACGAGCUCGCAUUGUGCCUGCAUCGGGCAAGGCGCGGUCCGGCCGGAGCGUCGUAGAGCGUCGCAGAGCGGCCGAGUAGGCGCUGCUGCAUCGCGCAAACUGAAGACAGGGUUCAAUUUAAGUAGCUAGUAAUUUGUAGGUAGCAAUUCCCCCUCCCCCUUACUGUCUGUUCGUCAUGUUUACUGUUGUUGAGGAGAGCGCGUUAACACACUAAUCACACACAUCUCUACUGGUGCUGGUGUUUGUUUUUUGUGUUUUCUUCUCGUUGAGUUAAGUCAUCAACGUGUUGGGGAUCGAUUGCCAAAAAUUAUGUUCUAUUUUGUCAAAAGGACAGAAUGUAGCACAAAAAUGUAUAGUUUACGUUGUUACCGUUGUAGCUGGACUCUUUCGAUAUUUAUGUAAUUGUUGUCGGCGGGCGGAUGUGAAAAUCGUCCCUUGUAUUUUAGUGUUUCGCUCUUAUGUGCCUUGAUAGUUUUGUUUGAUGGAACGCGCGGCGGUUUUCGCCGUUGGAUUCAGAAUGUGCCGAGCAACUGCUCGGCCAGUGCUUCAUGUUACCACGAUUGUGCGGCUUUCCUACGCACGUUGAUCGUCUCUGACGAGGCCUGCCUACUGGUCGCACAAUUCAUGUUAGGUUUAUGUUCACAAAUGUGAUUUUUUUUAUUUGUUCAUUUUAUUGUAACCUCGGCGCCCCAUUCGCGUUUUUGUUUCUUCAGUUCACGAACGAACCUGUGUUAGAUGUACCCGUACAUACCUGUGCUGUGGGUGCUCAAGAAAAGUUAUGAAAAUAACAAAAUGCUUUUGUGAAGUGGUGUAGUUGCCAUAUGUGUUUGUGUGGCGAAGAUUAGAGUGCCUUCCCCUUGUGAUUGUCCUUUUUUUCGCUUCUGGUGUUUUUUCUGACCUUGGCGAUGACUCAUUCGGCCUUGGGUAUCGUCGAAACAGAAGAUUCGAGGGAUAAAUUUUUAGUAGAUUCGACGCUAAAUCGACAGUGUCUUGAUUCAAUGACUCGAUUUUACGUCGAAUCCUCGUUUGGGCUGCAAGACUACAUUUUUGCCUGUUGUUCUAGUCUUAGUAUUGAUAUUGCGUUGUGGUUAUCGCACGUACACGGGGUGGAUUGUCCGGUCGAAACGAUGGCAUUUGCAGUACUAGGCGUCAUUUCGACCGGUCACUUCGCCCCGGAAAGGCACCAAGUUGCCCUAUUGUACGCGCUUUCAGUCGCUUCAAGGUUUUUGUGGAUGCAAUAACUCGACUUGUGAUCGUAAACUCCUGAGGCGUCGAUGAGGAAACGCCAGUUUAUAUAUUUUUUUUAAGCGGCGUUCAUUUCCACGUUGUUAUUUUUAUAAUCGACUCGCGUCUCGAUUAGUCUUGUGUUUUUUUUUUUCAUGUCUUAUUUUACUAACCUGGCAAUCUAAAUGGCAUAUUAAUUAUUUAUUUGGUUUCCUCUCGAUGUGGUUUUUACUUUCUUUAACUGUUCCAUUUAUUAUUCCCAUGUUAAUUAUACUUUUAAAAUAUUUAUUUUUAAUGAGUGUCUCUUUUGUUUGGCACAUGUUUUUUCUGCACAUUCCUUUCAGACUGCCGGUUAUAAGCUUCUAAGAGGCAUUUUAAAGUUUAUUCGCAUUUAUCAUAGAGGACAUUCAAUUUAAAUUUACUCAUAUGUCACAGCGAAAUAACGUGUUAAAAGGUGUUUUGUUGAUAGAAAUAGCACUGAUGUACGGUAGUAAAAAAACUUGCAUGUCUCCUAUCUGUUACAAUUUAACUUCUAUUUAUCUUCCCUACCAGAAAAUUUAUCUUGAGCAUAUCUCCACAACCUUGCUCAAAUUUUACUGCUAACUUCUAUAAGCACGCAUUUGGCUCUUUGUAUAGUUGUAGAUUUGCUGCUUUUGCAGCAAACAUCUCAAUGUGAUUCUUCCUUAAAUUUGUGAUUUGCAAAGAAAAUUCGGACCCAUAAGAGCUCCCGGUGAGCGCUUCUAGAUUUUUCUAGAUUUUCAUUAGUUUUCCUUGACAAUUUUUGUAGAAAUGCCUAAUAAUUUGAUAGUUAAUACUGUUUUUAAAAUUGAAUUGUCACCUAAACUUUGAUGUGUGGAAUCUUCAAGCUACGCUUGUAACAAGCUGUACUUGACCUUGAAGCUAAGAAAGAAAAGGAUCGACUGAUAGACUGGACUUCACUCCUUCUGAGACAAUUUCGUGUUUAUUUUUUACCUGUAUAAUAUACUGAUAAUUGUUGUACUCUGCCAAGUGGCAAUAUAGGCUAUUGUUAAAACGUUUUGCUGAACUGUUUUUCUUUUAAGCAACGAUUGUGUUUACUAGAGUAAUUAUAUAGCCUUAACGUUUUUACUAAUUUCCUGGAAUUCACAUUUUUGUAUAGAAAGCAGACUAAUAUGAAGAUAUAGUGGCCUGCCACGCAAUCCUAUAGUGUUAGUUCCCAUACUAAUACUGAUAUUUUUUGUACUUGUUUGCCUUUGUAAAUAGGAAAGGUCGAUCUAUGUGUGGAGCGUUUUCUACCAUGAGGAAAGAUGAAUCAAUAAAACCUAUCUAUCCAAUAUAAAA